GCCCUAUUAAGUGCGGUACCUCGAAACCGACCAGUGACAACACUUGGUAGAAGCGGUGACUGCGAGAGGAAAUGCAUUUUUGGAUCGAUAAACGUUCACAAGCGUGUGGUUUCGGCAGGGCCCGGGUAGCAGCAUCUUUGUCGGGCGGGGGAGGUCUAGGGUUUGGCCAUCCGCGACGCGUGCCUCGGAAAUCAAUGGUCACUCCAAUACAUCGGUUUCAAACGGUCGACUGUAGUCGGCCACAUGCUCAUCGCCAACAGCAGUCGCAGCAGCAGCAGCAACAACCGCAUCAUCAACUGCAAUCGAAUCCGUCUGUCCCAGGGGCACAUUAUUCGUCGACCCAGAGUCAACAGUCCUCAGCACAUCAGCACCAGCCACAGACGCAGCAUCCACAUCAAUCGCAUGCAAGCUCGCAACAGCAACAACAUCAUCAUCACCAUCCACAUCACCCGCAUCACAAUCAACCCACCACACAGCAGUCAUCACAGUCGGGCAAUCAACAGCAGCAACAGGUGCAUCAGGUGCAGUUGCACCUCAGCGGUCAGUAUAGCUCGCAGAGCAACAUACUGCCUGCACCAACGCCUUAUUCGCAGCCGAGUCCAAACUUACAGCAGAGCUCGUCGCCGAAUGCUCUGAAUUAUCACGUACCUGUGUCGAUGAAUCACAUUUACAGUGCAUCAACACAAUCAUCUGGAGCUGAGAUAGAAGGCAUUAGCAAUGUUGGGCAGCACAUACAACCGCAUGUUGGCCAUGACGCACAAUUGUUACCGGCGCACCUGAAAUGUGGCAUGUGGGCUUCGUUAGCUCUUGCAACAGUGUUUGUAGCUGGUGCAAAAUUUUACUUCGAUCAUCAGGGUACCGGUUUGGAGGUGUUAAUAUUCUGCGCAUUUUCGGCCACAUUCUUUUUGGCGGCCUGUACCGUAUCGCUUUGGAGACGCCCACGAGACAUCCAGAUCACUGGCAACAAUAUGAUAUCGGAAACGAUUUCCAACGCAGAACAAAGUUCGCUACAGAAUAAUCCAGAAUUUCUCAGCAGUAAUCCUUCACCAUUGCUGAAUGGAAGUGCCGGAAGUGGUCCGCUUGGGGGAAUUGUGCCAGGAAGCCUUCAGCAGGCAUCGUUGGCAAGCAUAGUGGCACCACCACCACCGUACCAUAUAGCGAUCCUUCUGCCCGAUACCUCGAAGGAAGCGGAAGAAACCCCUCCACCAUCGUACGAUAAGGUAGUGAUUUAAAUAAUA